UCUGCACUGAAAAGUUGAAGCGCCGCUGGUGUCCUCGCGCACUCCGGUCCGCUCCAGCGGUUAGUGAGGAAUGCACCGGGCAGCAGGGAUGCUGAGAUAACUGACCGGUUUAGACAGAUUUAAUUAGUGAGGUAAAACGGCGGGACGGAAUGGAAAGCGACAAUGGAGUCGGUAGAAUCGAGGAUUAUUAUUAUUAAGCUUAUCCGAGUUUUGUUUUAAUUUACAUUCCUGUGGUGGCGCUGAGCUGAGGAGAGGAAGUAACUGACCAAUCUCACUGGAUUUAUGUCGAAUCAGCUGUGUGGUCAAAAGUAACGGAAAUGGAGAUUUUUGUGUGGAUUUUGGUGUUAAUGGCGGUGACUGGACCGAGUUAUUCAGCCGAUGAGUGCAGCUGGAGGGGAAGUGGUCUCUCCCGGCCAGAGCAAGGUGUCGAACAGGUGUUCCUGCACUGCGCUGAAGGCUCCGUUGAGUUCCUGUACCCCAACGGAGCCCUGCGUCUCACCCUCUUGCCCCGCUUACCGAGACACCGAGUGGGUGGUACCAGCAGGAUGCCCUCAUCCGUCUGUGUGAAGCCGGAGCCUCAGUGGGGCGGAGCUCAGCUUUACCUGGAGAGAGGUGGCGUCCUCGAGCUAUUAGUGAGCGACACACCAGGUCCCUCCUAUAUUCGCUGUUUCAGCAUCACACCUGGGGAAAGCCCCGCCCUGUUCCUGCAGGCCACACCCCACAGUGACAUCAGCAGGCGCAUCGCAGCGCUCCGGUACGAGCUGAGAGGAGAUCGGACCGCGGGACUGUCCGUCAACUCCGUGGAUGCUGAAAUAGAUACGGAAGAAGGAGCGUGCAGGCCGUGUAAUGACACAGAGAUGCUGAUGUCAGUGUGCACAAGUGACUUUGUGGUGCGUGGGAAUAUCCGUGUGGUGGACGCAGACUCAGAGCAUCGCGUGUCCGUGAUCAGAGUGACCGCUACGCGUGUGUACCGGCAGAAGUGGCCUCUGUUCUCCAGUGUGGGCCGCCUCACUCACACUGGAGAGAUCCGCACAUUGUUGCGCUGCGGCGUUCGCGCUGGCUCCGGAAGCUUCCUCUUUACUGGACACGCUCACUUCGGGGAGGCGUGGCUCACCUGUGCUCCCAGGUACAAGGACUUCCUGAGAGUGUAUGAGCGUGCCAAGCAGGACCUGCAGAUCCCCUGCACCCUCGAUACCUGACACUGAUCGAGGGUGGACGAGAGAGUGAGACAAGACAACAUUGUCUUCGUGGAGACACAGCGAGAGAGAUCAUCUUCAGAGAGACUGUCUUCACAGAGAUAAAGGGAAAGAGAGAUCUUUAUGGACAGAUAUACGAUAUUGCCAAAAGUUUUGGGACACCUGAGUUCAGGUGUUAUUUUUCAGGGGUUGGGCUCGGCCUCUUAGUUCCAGUGAAAGGAACUCUUAAUGCUUCAGCUUCAUAACAAAGACAUUUUGAACAAUUUUGGGGAUGACCCCUUCCUGUUCCAACAUGACUGCACACCAGUGACCAAAUCAAGCUCCAUAAAGACAUGGAUGACAGAGUCUGGUGUGGAGGAACUUGACUGGCCUGCAUAGAGUCCUGACCUCAACCCCAUAGAACACCUUUGGGAUGAAUUAGAGUGGAGACUGAGAGACAGACCUUCUCAUCCAACAUCAGUGUCUGGUCUAGGAGGAACGUUGUUUCACUAUAUAUAUAUAUAUAUAUUCACUAUCAGAUAUAUAUGGUUGAAGUGACAAUAAAGCUACUUUGACUUUGAACUCACAAAUACGCUUCUAGAGGAAUGGUCAAAAAUUCCCAUAAACACACUCCUAAACCUUGUGGAAAACCUUCCCAGAAGAGAUGAAGCUGUAAAGGGCGGGACAACUCCAUAUUACAUUCAUGUGCAUGGAAAGGCAGACGUCCCAAAACUUUUGGCAGUAUAUUGUAUCUAAAAUGUCAUCCUCAUGGAAAGAGACACAAAAUGAGAUCAUCUUGGACAGACACAAGGCAUAAUCUUCAUGGAUGGACACACACGGUGUGUUGGAAUUAGAAAACGAACAAUGACACUGUGUUUUUGAGAUAGAGACAGAAAUAUGUGUGUGUUUUAAACAGACAGUAAAAUGAAACCUGUACAUUCCAGUUCAGAGACCAUGUGUGAUUCUCCACUGUCCUGUCUCGUGUCUCUCUGUGAAGACGUGCAGGAAGACGUGACGCCUCAGGACUUCGACACAUAAGCUAUAAGCGAAAGACAUGUAGCGCGACACGCUUGUCAGUAUUCACACCGCUCACGGGUUAAAUAUCUCAAAUAUAAAUUUGCACUGAGGAGGGAGCUGAAACCAAAUGAAAGCAGAUGAUAUGUAGCAUGCGUACACACACAUGUGUGUGUAAAUAUUAAGCCUAGCUCGAGGUUUGAUCUCAUCAACAUCCUAAGCUGGACCACGCUGUUGUUUAUGAGGUGUCCUAAACAGACUACUUCUCUGUGACGCUAGCAGUAGGUUUGUCCCACACGGAACUUUGCUAGCAUGCUAACGCUAAACUGGUGAAAAGGGCAGGAUUUAGAUGUUGAAGCACUUUCACUGCGCCUCUGUUCAUGCCACUUAAAUACCUGUCUUUAUUAGAGUGUUUUUUUUUAAACCGAAACUGACCAGAUGUUUAUUUUUAUUCUUUUUUGGGGGAGAAAAGCUGGAUUUUUAUUUACUUGACUUUAUUUUUUGUUUUUUAAAAAAAAAAAAAAAUAGAUGUAUGAGAAAUAUAUUUUAUUGAACCUGGUAAAGAUUUUCUGUGGGAGAGUAGGCAGAUAAUCCUAUAAUUUCACGAUACAUCACAAUAUUCUUGCUGUUCAGUUCAGAUGUUGUCGUGUGUGUAUGUGCGUAAUGGUUAAAUGUUUAUGGUUGUGCACUACUCCGGCGGAGAGAGAAACCAAACAGAACUCUGAGCCGCUUUUUACUGCCUCAUUUGUGUGUGUGUGUGUGUGUGUAUGAAUAUUGUUGUAAAUAAGAUGUUUUAGAAGAGAGAAUAUUGUGUACAUGUGAGCCAUGUGACUGAUUAAAAACAUUUAAAUGA